AUGCAUCAGAGAACACACUUAGAGAAGCAAUAUAAAUGUCCAGAGUGCAAGAAAUCUUUUCAUUGCAAAUAUUAUCUUAGAAAACAUGUGAGGCUUCACAAAGGAGAGAAGCCCUUCAAGCGUGUGCAUAAAAAUAUAAAGUGUCCAGAAUGUGGGAAGUGUUUUCGUCACAAGUCACAUGUAAUUCGACAUCAGAGAAUUCACACCGGAGAAACACCCCAUCAGUGCCCAGAAUGUGGGAGAUGUUUUGGGUACAAGUCAAGUCUACUUCGACAUCAGAAACUUCACACUGGAAACAGACCCUAUCAAUGCCCAGAAUGUGAGAAAACCUUUCUGGUGCCUGCUGAACUUCGGAGGCAUCAGAAGAAGCAUACAGGGGAGAAGCCCUUUAAAUGUGGGGAGUGUGAGAAAAGUUUUCUCACAGCACCACUGCUUCGGGUUCAUCAAAGAAUCCACACGGGGGAGAAGCCGUACAAAUGUGUGGAGUGUGGGAAAUGUUUUUCUCAAAAAAGAAACCUUGGAAAGCAUCAAAAGAUCCAUACACGAGUGAAGCCAUAG